UAAUACUCUCGACGUCAAGCUUGACAAUUAUCAAAUCACGCUCAGAGUUUCCGGCUAUACAAUGACAGAUUUCGCUUUAUCGAAUUCUAUGUCCCGUCAAUAGAGCAUGUAUCUAGGGAUAUGGUAUGAAUAGUCUGGUACUCUUGGCGUAUACGACGCUGAAUUCAUGGACUUCCGGCUACAUUUGUUUCGGUUAGUGUUUCGGAUGAACACCAAUGGAGGGAAUACGUUGAUCGAUAAUUCACUCACAGACACAGAUACCUAUAGAUGAGGUACUUGGAAUUCAUUUUGAUGCAGUCAAUAAACCGUCAAAUUUCUCCUGUACUUGUUAAGUACCGGGAAUUGGCUACAACCAUGCACCUGGGAUCAUGCAUACCCCGCAAGUUGUUGCUAUAUAACCCUUCCUCAAUACUCGGGCUAUACCAUCUCUAACACAAGAGAUAUCAGAAUUAUGGCUUUUGCAGACUCUGAUUUAAUUGUUGUCACUGGUGCUAAUGGCCAUGUUGCACAGCAUGUUGUAUCGCAACUGCUGUCAUUCCACGCCCCAGUCCGCAUACGUGGGACAGUCCGAUCCUCUAUGGUAGCUCAGAAGCUUUAUGCUGCGUUCGAACCGUUUGUUUCCAGUGGAAGACUUGAGAUUGUUACUGUACCCGACUUGACAGUGGACGGUGCGUUCGACGAUGCCACUCAAGGCGCAACACAUGUAGCUCACAUCGCAUCUCCCCUGAACAUGGCUCCAGAAAAUGUUGAAAACGACCUCCUUAUACCCGCUAUUAAAGGAAACGUAUGCAUAUUGGAAUCAAUAAUGAAACAGAUAGGAAUAAAAGCGGUCGUCAUAACUAGUUCUUUUGUUGCUGCGUUUGAUGCACGUCAUGGCUUCCGUGAGGGUUACACUUACUCUUCUGCGGACUGGAAUCCAAUUAGCUAUGAUGAGGCCGCUGACCCAAUGCAUGACAUGAGUCAAUACCCGGAAAUGUGGCGGCCUUGGAUAACUUACAUGGCUUCGCGAAAGUUUGCAGAGAAGGCUGCAUGGGAUUUCUACAGGAAACAUCAACCUACGUGGGCUCUAAGCACACUAUUACCGUCGUUCAUUGGAGGCCCAUUCGUUCUACCGUUGACAAAAGGUACCGAUGGCUUAACUUUCAGCACCGGCUUGAUCCGGAGAACUGCAUUGGGGGGUGAACCGUUAUUCCGUAAUGACUUUCCUUACUGGGUCGAUGUGCGAGACGUUGCGAAGGCGCAUAUCCAAGCCUUGAUAACCCCUGCUGCGUGGGGUCAAAGACUAAUGUUAGGCCCAUGGCCGUUGCUUUUCUCGGAUGUAGGACACUUCACCCCUGGCUUGUAGAUCUACAAUCAAAAAGCAUAGCUAACCAUAUUUUCCAAAAGAUCGCCAGAAUUGUCCGGGAACACUAUCCAGAAAUGAACCUAUCUAGGGAGAAAAAACAACAGGUGACCGCUGUGGCUGAAUCCUCGUUAAAAAUGGAGUCUAACUGAUUGAUACAGGUGCAUCACUAUAGCAUUGACUCGGGGUCAUCGUUAUCUAUCCUAGGAAUAGACUCCUGGAUAUCGCCCGAACAAAUGAUUAUUGAUUUGAUAAAGCAGCUCAAGUGGAUAGAGCUUGGUGAUGCUUUAUGAGCCUGCUCCUACCCUCGCUGGGGUCAUGUACUUGAUUAAACCAGCCCCAGCUCUGACUCCAACACCCAAAACAAUAUAUUAGAACCUCUACAACCAUUUAUCUUACCUAGAUGAACGUCAACCAGCUUAAGACCAUCUGUACUCGGGGCUGGUAUGUGGGAAAUCUCACUUUGUGAUAUAUCAGCUGCAAAGAUCCUGGCCAUCACUACCGAGCAUGUCUUGAGUAGCCCGUAGGCACUACUCCGUUUCAUAUGCAAUAAUCCAAACGAACAAGGCUGUGGUAUCAUUGAAACUUCAAGAUCGCUUAACCAGCCAGUUGACGCCCAUCAAAUCCUUUGGCUUGACACUCAAGUUAAAGUCUGGCUGGGCAUUGGAUGGCCAAUAUUACAACCAGCCACCAGCGUCUGACCAUAAUACUGCACUGGUAUUUAACCCGGGUUGAAGCUGGUCCUGAUGGUUAUACUCCGUAUGCCUCGAGGUAUCUCAACAGAAACGGAUAACUGUCCACAAGCUACUCUAUGACCGACGGAUAGCCGUGACCAAACAUUGGAGACGGCAAAGGCUGAGGCUCAACCCUGUUUCAACAUGAAAAGCCUUAUCCCGUCGAUCCUCACAAGCCUGAAUUUGAAACAACUGUGGUAACUAUUUUACAGGACAAUUCACAGAGGUACUCCGUAGUUAUGAGCACAUUCCGAGUGAUGUAUAGGCAGGCUCUAUCCCAGGUAUAACCUGUUAGUUAUCUAUGCAACUCUCAAAAGUAGACUAUCUAAACAAGUGGCCUAUUAUACGGUCAAGGGCCCUGGCCUACCAUGGGCGAAGAGCAAAGCGGCCAUUAACUAGGUAUUAUUGGCCGAUGGAGAAGUCCGCCAUGCUGUCAUCAGUUACCUGGCCAUCCAGGGAAUGAUAAUAAUAUAGCUGCCUCGCUGCCCUCUUCCUCCUGUGGCUGUGCAGCCAGAAACACCGAGAAAAAAACAAGACGCAGACGUAAUAGCGGACCAGUGAUAUAACUAACUUAUAUGCAUGACAGUACGAUACAUCAUGGCUCUCCUAAACAACCCCACAGCCCACGUCCAACCAGC